GUCGGACCCUCCCCGGAGAGCCCAUGAAGAGGAACGGCGAUGACGACUCCGUGAGGGGGAAUUCCUCGUCCUGGCUUUCACCCGCUGUCACGCCGCUUUGUGUCGCGUGGGAUUUUUUCCUGGGAAAGAGAUGUCCGGAUGGGGCGCCCUGCGCAUCCUUCUGACCUCUGCCACGUCCCUCGUUUUUUGCUAGACUCGGACGGUGCAAACUUCGAGCCCGGGACUUGCAGCUGCUGGUUUUGAGUCACCGGCUGCGCUGGUAUUAUUUCCCCCUCGCCAUGGCUUCAGUGUGGAAGAGGCUGCAACGCGUGGGGAAACAUGCCUCCAAGUUCCAGUUUGUGGCCUCUUACCAGGAGCUGAUGGUCGAGUGCACCAAGAAAUGGCAGCCGGAUAAAUUGGUGGUGGUGUGGACAAGGAGAAGUAGAAGGAAAUCUUCUAAGGCUCACAGCUGGCAGCCAGGAAUAAAAAAUCCAUACCGUGGCGUGGUGGUGUGGCCUGUUCCGGAAAACAUUGAAAUCACUGUGACACUUUUUAAGGAUCCCCACGCUGAGGAAUUUGAGGACAAAGAGUGGACGUUUGUCAUAGAAAAUGAAUCGCCUUCCGGACGCCGAAAAGCCCUCGCCACCAGCAAUAUCAACAUGAAGCAAUACGCGAGUCCCAUGCCGACCCAGACCGACGUCAAGUUGAAAUUCAAGCCUCUGUCUAAGAAAGUCGUGUCCGCCGCCUUGCAGUUCUCCUUGUCGUGCAUUUUCCUGAGGGAAGGAAAAGCAACGGAUGAAGACAUGCAAAGCCUGGCUAGUCUGAUGAGCAUGAAGCAAGCAGACAUUGGGAAUCUAGAUGAUUUCGAGGAAGAUAAUGAAGACGACGAAGAGAAUAGAGUGAACCAGGAGGAAAAGGCUGCCAAAAUCACAGAAAUUGUAAACCAGUUGAAUGCUCUGAGCAGCUUAGACGAAGAGCAAGACGACUGCACAAAGCAUAUGCUUUCCACUAAAUCAGCCAGUUCCUCUGAAGAACUUAUCAACAAGCUUAAUUUCCUGGACGAAGAGGAUCAAAGCACGGCCAAUCCCAGCUCAGACCCAUUUCUAGAUCCCAGUAGGACAGAACGAAACCCUUUUGGAGACCCUGAAAUGGAAGAACCCAGUGUCAAGAUGGCGUCAUCUUCGAAACCGGAAGAAUCAUAUUACGGUGACGACGACGACGAAUAUAACCCCUUCAAAGAAGAGGAAUGUGCCGAAUAUGUAAACCCUUUCGAUGAGCCAGACCCUGAACUGGAGACUCUAGCACCCGUCAAGGACUUUCCUCCCCAGCCUGCAAAAAGAAAAAAUAUACGUCCUGUGGACAUGAGCAAAUACCUCUAUGCUGACACAUCAAAAACAGAGGAUGAAGAAUUGGAUGAAUCAAACCCAUUUUACGAACCAAAACCGAGCUCUGCUUUAAAUAAUCAAGUUACUUCGCUGCAAGAAACAGAAAGGAAGAUGAAAAGGAAAGCCCCGGAACCGCCGGUCCUCUCGCCAAAGACAGAAACGGGAACAAGUGAGAACACGUCAGCUCUUCACGCCGUGAAAGAGCUUUCCUCUUCUCCUAAGCCAAGCCCAAUACCAAGUCCCAUUUUGGGGAGGAAGCCAAAUGCCAGUCAGUCAUUGCUUGCUUGGUGCAAAGAAGUUACAAAAAACUACAGGGGAGUGAAAAUCACAAAUUUCACCACGUCCUGGCGAAAUGGGUUGUCUUUCUGUGCGAUAUUGCACCACUUUAGGCCUGAUCUGAUUGAUUACAAGUCCCUGAAUCCUCAAGAUAUUAAAGAGAACAACAAAAAGGCCUAUGAUGGAUUUGCCAGUUUAGGAAUAUCCCGACUGCUCGAACCUUCCGACAUGGUUUUGUUAGCGAUCCCUGACAAGCUGACUGUCAUGACCUAUCUGUAUCAAAUACGGGCCCAUUUCAGCGGUCAAGAGCUCAACGUGGUUCAGAUUGAGGAGAACAGCAGCAAAAGCACGUACAAAGUGGGCAACUACGAGACGGACCCUAACAGCUCCGUUGACCAGGAGAAGUUCUACGCGGAACUCAAUGACUUGAAGCGGGAGCCAGAAGUACAACCACCUGAAGAGAGCUUGGUGGACCUUGUUCUUCUGGAAGAAUCGGUAUUUAUAAACGACGAUCGAGGUGGGGAGUCAGAAGGCGAUCGCCAGGCCCCAGAAGUGUACCUUACCCCAAGUGUGGCGCCCCCUUCCUCUCACAGGACUAUGGGUGAUGUAGAUCCACACAAAACCCAACAGAGUUUGGGAAGGACUUCCGGAUUUGAGGAAGCUGGGAAAAGUAGCACGGUACAAGCGCAGCCUCAGUUGGGAAGGAAGAAGUUGCUCAAGGCAGACACUUUAGAUCUAAGCGAUUUGGCCCAAGACAGCAGUCCAAAGAGAGACAUGUCUCCGUUGACUUUGCGUGAGGACACUGAGCGGCAAGGGCGCCAGCAUUCAGAGAGUACUGUUAAUUCUGCACUAGGAAAACAGGGACACCCCAGCCUUAAAGAGGACGUAAAAUCUAAUUCAAAACCACAUUUUGAAAAAGCGAGUUUAGACACAGGAGAUAAGCCUGGAUACUCCUAUAGUAAAGAUGCAGAAGUUGAUAAAAAGACCCAGAUCUCUCAGAGGAAGAUGGAGACUGAGUCAGAGAUUGAUACCAAAACAACUAUAAAUCAGAUUGAUCAGGCCUCGAAAACUGCACAGCAACGAAUGUUAUCAAGACAGGAAGAACUCAAAGAACGGGCGAGAGUCCUGCUGGAACAAGCCAGAAGAGACGCAGCUCUCAAGGCAGGGAACCGGCAGCCCUCCAGCACGAACACACCAGGCCGCUCGAAGCAGCUGAGCGACCAGCAAGAUGAAGAGCUUCGUCGGCUGCUGAGAGAGAGAGCCCGUCAGCUAAUAGCAGAAGCUCGAUCUGGAGUGAAGAUGUCAGAACUCCCCAGCUACAGUGAAAUGGCUGCAGAAAAGUUGAAAGAAAGGUCAAAGGCGUCUGGAGAUGAGGAUGGGAAUGAUGAUAUUGAGAUAGUUACUAAUGAAGAAAUUCCCGAAUGCUCUAUUACCAGCAACGAAGAUCGACAUACUAACCUAGAAAACGACCUUGAUUCCAAUGUGGAACAGAACAGCAGGCUGGUGGAUUUGAAGUUGAAGAAGCUGGUAGACGCUCAGCCGCCGCUGGCGAAUUCACUCCCCGGCGCCACUCCGAAGUUGGUUACUGAUGGCACGGAGCAAGAGUUUAAGAAUGAAAUGGAAGACCAUCGUGCUGAGCGAUUACAAAAGGCGACAGAACGUUUCAGAAAUCCUGUCGUGUUCAGCAAGGAUUCCGCAGUUAGGAAAACUCAGCUUCAGUCAUUCAGUCAAUAUGUUGAAACCAGGCCAGAGAUGAAAAGACAGAGAUCAAUACAGGAAGAUACAAAGAGAGGGAAUGAGGAGAAAGCAGCGAUAACUGAAACUCAGAGAAAGCCAUCAGAAGAUGAAGUGCUUAAUAAAGGGUUCAAAGACACCAGUCAGUAUGUUGUGGGAGAAUUGGCAGCACUAGAGAAUGAGCAGAAGCAAAUUGACACCCGAGCCGCGCUGGUGGAGAAGCGCCUCCGCUAUCUCAUGGACACAGGGAGAAACACUGAAGAAGAGGAGGCCAUGAUGCAAGAAUGGUUCAUGCUGGUCAACAAGAAAAAUGCCUUAAUUAGGAGGAUGAACCAGCUCUCCCUGUUAAAGAUGGAGUAUUCUCUGACAAGAAGGUAUGGAUUGGUAUCAGUACACCUUUCUGGGUUUCUUUUCUUUUCAGACUGGCAAAAGACUGAGGCCCAAAAGAGACGAGAACAACUUUUGCUAGAUGAACUCGUUAUUCUCGUUAAUAAACGUGACGCGCUCGUCAGAGACUUAGACGCUCAAGAAAAACAGGCUGAAGAAGAAGACGAACAUUUGGAAAGGACUCUUGAACAAAACAAAGGAAAGAUGGCCAAGAAAGAGGAGAAGUGUGUCCUUCAGUAGCCGGCCUUCAUUUGGGGGGGGGAGGCGCUGUCAUGUUUUAUAACCUUGUUACAUUUCGGAAAUGCAGCCACCAAGACUGAAAGAAACAACAAAACCAUAAAAUAAUACACUUUGGGAAAAUGUCAAAUCUUCCAUUUUGGUAGACCAGCUACACCCAGAAUUAUUUUAUGUCCACUACCCGCCCCUUUUCCAGUCAAGCAAUAUUAUUUCAAAAACUAGGAUUUACCGGUGAGCGUAGACAUAAUUUUAAAAAAAUUAUUUUAAAGAAAUGUGUAUUGUGAUAACAUCAGAGAUGUUUACAGGGGGUGGGGUAGAGUCAAAAAGAAUUUUUAAAUAAUAGCAUUGUGUAGAGGAAGAACAAAGCGACUAUUCUCGGAUUUUUUUUUCUUUCAUCUAGUCCUGCCAUGUAUACUGUUUUAAUAUGCUACCUACAACAAUUUUAUAGUUAGAUCAUACUCAGAACAUUUAUUAAAAUGUCCUAUAUUUACCGAUGUUUUAUUUCAGCAGCGGUUUUACAUUUUUAUUAUAAGUAUUAACGGCGAAGCUUUUUCUGGUUUGCUGAGAGGGCAGGUUUUUAACCCCCAUCGCUUGCAAGAGUCCUUGUUAAUGUAAAACAGUUUUUGCCCUGAUGAGGCUGACUGAAGAAUGAUCAGUUUAAACACACACACACACACACAAAAUCUUCUUUAGAGGUGAUCCAUGCUUUUUUUAAAAAGAAAAAAGAAAAACUAAUUAUUUAUUUACCUCCUAAAUUUAGUUCCCUGUUCUCUGUUCUCUUCUUGGACCUCUGGCAGUCGGGCUCCACAAUGCUGUUAAUAUUUAUUCUGUGCCCAUCAGGAGUCUCUCUUGCUACGGUUUCUGAAAUCCCCUUGCAAAAGUUAGCAUUUCCCUCUCUAGCAUCCUGCUCUCUUUCCUUUUUUGUGGGAACUGUUACCUUUUUAUUUAUUACAAUACGGGAGUCAUGUAUAAAUUUUCAAUAA